GGACGGCCUGCGCCGCCUGCCCGUGCCAGCCAUCGUAUCAAUCUCCCUCCUUUUUCCUCGGAGGCCCUCUUAUUUGGUUCUGCACUGGUUUGUUUCUAUAACACUGUUAAGGUAUGGACUUAUGGAAGGGGUAGAAUUCAGCAAAUUGAAUUCAGGAAGGAUAAAAUUCUGCUGCCCCAAGCUCUCCGCUGACACCACCUGUGACUGCCGAGUGCCCCCAUGGUGUGGUGCACGGGUCCCACCCCAGGCACCAGCGUGAUUUGAUUCCCACAUCAGCUCUGGGAGAACACAGAGGAGGCCCAGGACAGGGGUGGUCUUUCGGUGUUAGACCAGCUGAGGAAGUCUGUGGGAAGUAAAUAGCAUCAAGGUCUGCAAGAAGUAAGUGGCAAGGGAAGCGGUAUCUGCUAACAGAAGAUGAUAUAAAGUUACAAGAAUUUCAGCAGAUGAAAGUGGUAAUUAGAAACGAAGUUCAUGGCAAUAAAGAUCCAUAUUUUAAAGGUAUUAAAGAGAAAUUAAAGAAAAAUGGAAUUAUUCUCAAAAAUGAAUUAAAAAAUUUACUGCAUUUAUGUCAGACUUCAUCUGAUGUGGAACUAGCCAGAAAAGUUAUUUACAGGUACCAUGAACAGAAUGGAAUGACAGCAUUACGUAAUUUUAAAUUUGGGCCCCUCUUUAUGAGGCUAUGUUAUGAACUGGACCUUGAAAGACCUGCAGUAGAACUUAUCAAAGAUCAGAAUUUGCGUGGCUUUUUCUCAGAGAGUACUUCAUUCCAUAUUUUGAUGACUAUGUUGUUUAAGAAGGGCCAUUUUGAAAGUGCUUUGGAAGUUCUGAUGGAAAUGAAAAAACAAGGCAUACCUUUCAACAAGGAAACCUAUCUACUUGCAUUUGCAAUAUGCUACAAACUGGACAACCUGGAGUCGUGCAAAAUCUCUGGCAAACUGCUUGAAGAAGCACAGCUAAAAGGCGACACGUUACCACUGCGAGCGUUCUGCUUUGCUGUGGCAACUGCUCUGAAGCAGAAUGAUGUAGCGCAAGCCAAAUUUUAUUGUUCCCAGAUAACGAAAACAGAGAACAAACUAUACAAUAAUCUUGAAGUUCUUGUCCAGCUCAGAUCUGGUUCACUAGAAGAAGUAAUAAAGACAUUAGAGGCAGCAGUGGAAGUAGAUACUCCUCCCUUUGUGAAAAAAAUUGAGUUUUCUGAGCAGGUGCUGGCUACAGUCAGGGAAAAGAUGGAAGAAAACCCUGACCUUUAUGCCAAAUUAGGAGAUAUUUAUAUGAAACUACAAGCUUCGGGACAGAUAACCAUGUGCACACUAGAAGACAUGCUUUUCCAGAUUCCUAGUUCAAAGAAGACCCCUGCAAAGCUUUUAAAUCAGAAGCAAUUGGGCUAUCAGGCUGCUAAACCGCUUCGGUCAAAUCUGUUGUUGGAAUAGUUCAGUCUUUGAUGGCAAACUGAACUGCUGUUAGCAUCUCUUAGGAGUCAGAUUCAAAUAAAAUGUCU